CAGAUUUUUUGAGAAAUUAAUUUCAUGCCUGUUAUGAGAGUAUCUUAAAAAAACCAGAAAAAAAGGACUAGGCUCGUCUUGGAGAACUUCACUUCGGGACGUCGGCCUCAUUUCUUUUAAUCAGUGAUUGAAAUUUGAAUGCUUGUUUUACCCUUCAUCUCGUGUAUCGGUCGGAGGUUUAGUCCGGACUACGGAGGAUCAAAGCUCUUCCAGCCACCAGCAACGCCGCCGAACACAAUCGUACUCAAACCUCCGAAAAUGUUUGGUUCAAACGGGUUUUUUUUUUUUUGGGUUGAAUAUGUAGAUACUCGUAAUUUUUAAAUGUAUGAUGAUAAUUAGAAAAUAUUAAAAAUAAUUGUUUAAAAUUUUGAAAAGAUGAUAUUAAUGUGAAGAUUGAAGAAGAAGAAGCUUGUGAAUUUGAAGACCGCCUCAGGAGGAGUCCGUUACAACUUCCAUGCACAAAAGCAUUGGCCAAAUUCGGUGCUCGCCACGACAUCCCCGAGAAAAGGCAUCAAGAUGAUGGAACGUUUCAGGUUGAAGAGACAGGCUCCCAUUUCAGAAUGCAAGUCCGAGCCUUGUCCCAAAAACGACGACGUUGUUGGGUCUGAUGAUCCCUUCCCUCCUCAACUCAACAUUCCCGAAGACGAUCAACGGGAAGCAACUGCGCGACUUGAGCCUACAAAUAGCCAUGUCUACGCCGAAGAUGAAGACCCGUUCAUGGGUUUAAAGCUUCGAAGAUCCGCCUCCUCUGUCUCAGAUUAUAAAGGGGACUACAUUGACAUGUCUUCUCACCCGCUGUUAUUGAAGAUUUUGCAGAAACAAGGAGACAGGCAAGUUCUAUUUGCAGAUAAGGUUUUGAGGUUAACAGGUUCAGGGAACAUGAAACGCCGUAUUUUAUUAAUCACCGAGUUUGCCAUUUACAUUGUUGACCCGGAGUCCGGUACACUUAGGAGAAGGAUUACCCUAGCAGCUGUUGAGAAGAUGUAUCUCAGUGCUCUAAGUGACAACUUUUUUGCAAUAAUAAUUCCAACAGAGUAUGAUCUACUUAUGGCUAGUACGCGAAAGACAGAAAUUGUGACUGUGUUAGUUAGAGCUACCAAGAAGGCUUCUAAUCACGAACUCAAGUUGGGUUUCUCCAAUUGUUUCGAAUACCAUGCAGCAUCUGACCUGCCAAAGGAAAUCCAAUUUGAAGAAGUUGAAGGGGGUGUCAAAACCAUAAUUUUGAGGAAGGAGUAAAUUACGCUAAUCAUAAAUUUAUUGCAAGAUUUAGUUUUGAGGAAGUAAGCUGCUGUUCACUCAGUUCUGAAGGUGUCUGUAAAACUUAGUAGGAGAUCUGCACACUUAUUUUUGGAGGGAAUUGUUUGACCGAGGUUCUUUUGAAGUGGCAUAAGAAAUGUAGGAGGAAAAGUAUUGAUGUCAGGUUUGAACUUGAAACUCAAUUUAUUUGGAUGUUGAAAUGUGAUUCAAUCAAUUUCAUUGUAAAUAAUAUGAACUUUUUGGUGA